UUCGAAUUAAAAUCAAGAGCGCAUGCAAGCCUGGCUGUUAGGUCAAACGAUCAGCUGAUUUUCUACUUGUCAAUGGUGGAGGUUUAUUAAAAGGACUCGGCAGUUUUGUGAUAACAGAACCGGCUAUAUUUUAUAAGAAUGAUACCACAAAUCCACAAUACGUUGCUAAAUGCAGGAAAAUUUUUUCAAUUCACUCGUAAUAUGAGUAAAGUGGUGAAAUCGUUGAAAUACUCCAAGCAUGGCGAGCCGGUUGAAGUUAUAGAACUUGUGGAGGACCAGCUAAAGAAUCCGAAAGAAUAUGAAGUAUUGGUUAAAGUACUUGCAGCACCAAUUAACCCGGCUGAUAUAAACACCAUACAAGGUAAAUAUCCUGUUAAACCAACAUUUCCCGCAGUCGGCGGAAAUGAGUGUGUAGCUGAAGUAAUAUCGGUUGGUAAAAAUGUCUCAAAAUUGACUACGGGACAACAUGUUAUACCCUUUACCACUGGCUUGGGCACCUGGACUACCCAUGCGAUCUUUGCAGAAGAAGAUUUAAUGCCAGUUUCAAAUAAGAUUGGCUUAGCGGAAGCAGCCACAUUGACUGUUAAUCCAUGCACCGCUUACCGUAUGCUUAAAGAUUUCGUAGAAUUAAGUCCAGGCGAUUGUGUUAUUCAAAACGGUGCUAACAGUGCUGUCGGACAGGCCGUACAUCAACUCUGCAAGUCGUGGGAUAUAAAAUCUGUUGGUAUUGUGCGUAAUAGACCGGAUAUAGCAGAAUUAAAAAAAUAUUUAAAAUCACUGGGUGCGACAGAGGUAUUGACAGAGGAGGAAAUACGUUCUAGCAGCAUGUUCAAAGAAAAACAAUUGCCACGACCGCGUCUAGCGUUAAACUGUGUUGGAGGUAAAAGUGCAACUGAAAUAUCACGACACUUGGCAGACAAGGGCGUUAUGGUAACAUAUGGUGGUAUGUCUCGUGAACCGGUUGUUGCAAGUACUGCCGCAUUGAUUUUUAAAGACAUUGCAUUUCAUGGUUUCUGGAUGACACGUUGGUCUAAGGAAAACUAUAAUUCAUCGCAACGCACACAUAUGUUUAGUGAAUUGUGUGAUUUGAUUGAACAAGGAAAAUUUGUAGCGCCGGUGCACGAAAUGGUACCACUGCAGAAGUUCAAAGAUGCAGUUGCAGCAGCUUUGGAUUUUAAAGGAUUUGCUGGAAAGAAGUUUAUAUUGGACAUGCAGAAUUAAUCUAAUUUCCUGUCCCUUUGUUGACCAGAUAUAUGUUUUUGUUAUUAAAGGCUUAUAAAGCCUGCUAUGUUAAAAAUUGUAGCUUGAAGUGGUAGUUUUACAAUUCAAUCUGAAAGGUUAAACUAAUGUACACAAUUGAACAAAAUGUGCUCUAUCACUAAAAAAUAAAAUUCUUGACAAAUCUA